AUGCGGUGUAUGGGAGUGAGUCGUCCGACAUACCUGUUGUUUGCCAAUCGGAAGGACAUCUGUUUAGUCAAUUCAGACAAUCCUCGACCAAAUGCGUCGGUCAUUAUGAACCACUUGGAAGAGGCGGCGGCUCUCGACUACUACUUCAAAGAUAGUAUUAUCUUCUGGGCCGACAUCGGACUCGAGACCAUUAAAGGCAUCAAAGUUAAUGGCAGUAUCAGUCAAGACAAGGCAUUCACUAUCAUCAACACCGGAAUCAUAUCACCCGAUGGUUUGGCCUGUGAUUGGCUCACGAAGAAGUUGUAUUGGACUGACUCGGAGACCAAUCGUAUAGAAGUGAGUCGUUUCGAUGGCACCGAUCGGAAAGUGCUGUUUUGGCACGACUUGGAUCAGCCUCGGGCUAUAGCACUCGCCCCCGCAGACGGUCUAAUGUUUUGGACGGAUUGGGGAGAAGUGCCUAAAAUAGAGAGGUCUUCAAUGGAUGGCGAACCCAUCACUCGGUCUAUUGUAGUGAAAGACAACAUCUAUUGGCCCAACGGUCUAACCAUUGAUUAUGAGGCCAAAAGGUUGUAUUGGGCGGACGCCAAACUCAAGUUUAUAUCUUCGAUGGACUUUUCGGGAAGCAAUCGGAAAGUUGUGGUUAACGGCAAUCUUCCGCAUCCGUUCGCCUUAACUAUUCUGUCGGACACUAUAUAUUGGACUGAUUGGCAAACACGAGCCAUACAUUCAUUUAACAAGAAUACGGGUCAACGACGAAAGGUUAUCAGCGGAAAGCUGUCGCCAAUGGAUAUUCACGUGUACUCCUCGUCACGACAACUAACGUCUGACACCCCCUGCGAUCACGACAACGGCGGCUGUUCUAACCUCUGCUUAUUGUCGUCCAUCUCUCCAUUCUAUUCGUGCGGCUGUCCCACAGGUGUCCGACUCCUUCCUGACCUCAAGACAUGCGCCCCGAGUGCUGAAGAGAUUCUGUUAUUAGCCCGAAGGGUAGACAUUCGGCGCAUAUCACUGGACACGUCAGACCACACGGAUGUUGUGCUACCUCUGCGUCACAUUAAACACGCGAUUGCCGUUGAUUUCGAUCCAAUUGAUAAGAAGAUCUAUUGGACUGACGAUGACGUACAUGUGAUCCGAAGGGCUUUUCUGAACGGUUCCCAACAGGAAGAUAUAGUGUCCACUGAAGUGCAUCAUCCGGACGGCAUCGCCAUAGACUGGAUCGCCCGCAACAUAUACUGGACGGACACAGGAACUGAUCGCAUAGAAGUGGCCCGACUUAACGGCACGUAUAGGAAAAUAUUGUUGACUGAAGGACUUGAUGAACCGCGGGCUAUAGUGGUUCACCCCAUCGACGGACUUAUAUUUUGGACCGAUUGGGGCACGAAAGCUAAGAUAGAGAGGGCGGCGCUCGACGGCACACAACGAAGUGUUGUUAUAAGUACAGGACUCGGAUGGCCUAAUGGUUUAGCCAUUGACUACGAAAUGUCCAAAAUUUAUUGGUCGGACGCAAAGACUGAUAAAAUAGAAAAAUCUAAUUUCGAUGGCUCUGAGAGAACAGUCAUAGUCUCGGAUCAAUUGCCGCAUGUCUUCGGUUUUACUUUACUUAACGAUUACGUCUAUUGGAGUGAUUGGCAGCGAAGGUCUGUCGAAAGAGUGCAUAAGAUAACGGGUGAACAACGAGAGACAAUAGUCGACCAAUUGCCUGAUCUCAUGGGUCUUAAAGCGGUUUCUGUGAAUCGAGUGCUCGGUUCAAAUCCCUGUGCCAUUAAUAACGGGAAUUGCAGUCAUUUAUGUCUAUAUAAACCGAAGCAGAAGAAUGUGUGCGCGUGUCCUAUGGGCUAUGAAUUGGCGACUGAUAUGCACACGUGUAUAGUUCCCGAAGCAUUCCUAUUGUUUUCACGGAAAGCCGAUAUCCGAAGAAUAUCAUUAGAAUCACAUCAUUUGGAUUUCAUCCCAAUCGCUGGCAUUCAUGAAAUCACAUCUUUUGACUACCAUUUGAUUGACAAUAGAAUCUAUUGGACAGACGUUAAGCUGAAGACAAUCAGUCGAUCCUUCAUUAAUGGCAGUAAUAUUGAGCACAUCAUUGAAUUCGGUUUGGAAUCGCCGGUGAGUUUGGCGGUCGACUGGAUUGCAGACAACCUCUACUGGACGGACAGCGACUCCAAUCGGAUAGAAGUCUCGCGACUCGACGGAUCAUAUCGUAAAACAUUGAUUUGGAAGGAUUUGGAUAAUCCUCACUCUAUUGCACUUAAUCCCAGCGAAGGACUUAUGUUUUGGAGCGAUUGGGGGGCUAUUGAGCGCAUUGAACGCUCAGCACUGGAUGGCACUCAACGACUCGUUAUAGUGAACAGAUCCGGUCGGGCCAGUAGUCUGACUAUUGAUUACAAAGAGCGCCGCUUGUAUUGGGUCGACACCUUCAUCGACAAAAUCUUGUGCUCAGGACUGGACGGCGCCACUCCUAACGAAGUGAUUAAAUCCGAUCAAAACAAUCCAUUCAAACCCCGCGGACUCACUAUAUAUCAGGACUUCAUUUAUUGGUCGAAUGGAGUCGAGAAUACCAUAGAAAGAGCGAAUAAAUCCAAUCCUUUCGAUAGUUCUGUAAUUCAGACAAAAUUGGAUUCUGUUGUCGAUUCUGAUGUCGAUUUAGUCGUUUACCACAACUCUCGUCAGUCGGGUUGGAAUCCCUGUGCCGUCAACAACGGUGGUUGCGAUCACUUAUGUCUCGCUCUUCCCAGUAAUAACCAAAGAGCUUAUACUCACAGUUGUCUCUGUUCUUCACAUUAUAUCCUCAAUGAGGACAACAAGACGUGUUCCGCUCCGCAAAGUUUUCUGCUCUAUAGUCAACGCAAUUCAAUCACUCGCUUAACAAUGGAUUCGGCGACCGAUGCGCCCGAUAUUACUCUUCCCAUUCAUAACCUUAAGAAUGUAAAGGCUUUGGCGUACGACCCGUACGAACAGGUGGUCAUAUGGAUUGAUAGCCGAACCCAUGCUAUUAGAAAGGCUAACAUCAACGGCACGGGAACGGCAAUUGUUGUGCCAAAUCCUCAUGACUUGAAUGCGCCGUACGAUUUGGAAGUGGAUCCCUAUUCUAGAGUCAUAUACUGGUCGUGCAGUCACACGAACUCCAUAAACGUGACGCGUCUGGAUGGCCAACAUAUCGGAGCCAUUGUUAGUGAUGGACUCGACAGACCCCGAGGCUUAGCAUUGCAUUACAAGAAAGGGUAUUUAUUUUGGGUGAACGCCAUGAGUCCACCGAAAAUCGAGAGAAUUUCUACAUUAGGUUUGAUUAGAAAACCUAUAAUUGAGUCCAAUUUGGAGGAAGUGUCGGCACUGACUGUUGACAACGAUCUGAAUCUAAUUUACUGGUCAGAGAGCGCUCACCAGAACAUUGAAUGCAGUUCUCUCGAAGGAGACAAUCGACGAGUCAUUCUUGAAGCCACUGUUUUGCACCCGAUUUCGAUCGCCAUUUACGACAACUAUUUAUAUCUCAUUGAAAGGGAACAGAAAGUCAUCGAAAGAGUGAACAAAUUAUCUGAAAGCGGACAGAAACAGACCGUUUAUAAUCGGAUCCCACAACUCACUGAUAUUAUAUCAGUGUCUAAGAUGGACACAAACUCAUCAUCACUCGCAUGCCUCAGCGAAAACGGCGGGUGCUCUCACUUGUGCCUUAUUCGACAUAACGGGAGUACUCACAAAUGUGGCUGUCCUAUGGGAAUGGUAUUGUCCAAUGAAGACCACACGUGCAUAAGUCCUCCGCAUUGUUCAUCGGAUCAGUUCGCGUGUCUCACAGGAAAAGUGAAUUGCAUUCCAAUUAUUUGGCGCUGCGAUGGACAACCAGAGUGUGAGGACAAGUCGGAUGAAAUAAAUUGUCCGAAAUGUUUGGAAUCUGAGUUCUCGUGUCCGCGAACUACUGGCGACGGAUCAAAGUCCCAGUGUUUAGAUAACUCUCUCCUAUGCGAUGGAGUGACUGAUUGUAUGGACGGAUCGGACGAACACUGUUGUGGUUUAGAAGAGUUUAAAUGCAAAUCCGGCAGAAAUUGUUUGACUUUAUAUCAGUUGUGCGACGGAAAGGACGACUGUAUGGACGGCUCCGAUGAGAGUCAAAAGAGUUGUCGACACAAAAUGGAUAGAAUGCCAUUAGAAAUGGCUAACCAACCGGCGCCUCGAACCGGCUAUAGUGUUGUCAUUAUAAUCGCCGUAUUUAUUAUAUUUGUUAUCUUUAUCAUUGCCUACCAGUGCAGACGCAAAGCACAGGCUUACGAGGAAAAGGAUUUCGGCGCCAAUGAUAUGCUGAUGAGUGCUCAGAGACCACUCAACCCUCAAAGCAGUGAUUUGCGAACCAAUCCAUUGCUGUCGAGCACUGAAAACACGUCUGGAAAGCGAUUUCCAAUUAAUCCCAACUUUAAUGUCUGUCCAACACUUCAACAGAGCAGUGAUCCCUGUUAUGAGCGCAACAUUACGGGCGCCUCCUCUACGAGCUCUUCCAUCAAUAACUACCCGAAGGAGACACUAAACCCGCCUCCGAGUCCAGUGACAGACCAGUCUCAGUGCAACUUCGAGGGCAGUUCGUGCGCCAGUUCCUCUGUGGCUCACUCUCGCAGCUCCAGAAAUGCCAUUCUUCCGAAUCGCCAUAAAAAGAAUCGUUGGAUGAGAACCAGAGGUCCGCCGCCGACGCCCUGUAGUACUGAUGUCUACGAAGACAGUGAGCCCUCGCCCAUCAAAUACACCGCCUAUUAUGACAACUCACAGGCGGAACUCAGUUACGACUCCGACCCCUACCCUCCGCCGCCAACUCCCAGGAGUCACUACUUCUCGGACUUGAGUGGUCCGCCAUCGCCUGUCACUGAACGCAGUUAUAACAACCCAUACCCUCCCCCGCCAUCACCUGUUCCUGAAUUAGAAACGCCUGAAAUCACUUAAUUUUGAGU